AAUUAGGGUUUUAAUUAAAGGGGGACAAGAAAAGCUUCGGAAUCCUUGGCUUCUCCUCCUUCGUCUCCUCCGUCGCCUUCGGCUUCUUCAGUCUCACUCGUCUUUCAUUUCUGACUAAGAAGAUGAAGCUGAAGCAAUUGGAAGGCCUCUUGGGCGAUCUCCAGCAGUUCUCCAAUCCAAAGAUUGAGCUUGAACAGUACCCAACUGGGCCCCACAUCGCUUCUCGCAUGCUGUACACUGCAGAGAACUCAUUUGGCGAUGUGAGCGACAAGGUAGUGGCUGAUUUCGGGUGUGGGUGCGGCACUUUAGGCAUCGCAGCCACCCUUUUAGGUGCAGAACAUGUUGUAGGGAUUGACGUUGAUGCUCAGUCUCUGGAAGUUGCAUCUUUGAACGCAGAGGAGCUCGAGGUGCAAAUGAACUUUGUUCAGUGUGACAUAAAAAAUUUGCAAUUUAGGGGCCUUACUAUAGAUACAGUUGUGAUGAAUCCCCCUUUUGGAACACGGAAAAAGGGUGCAGAUAUGGUUUUCCUUUCCUCAGCACUUAAGGUGGCUUCUCAAGCAGUGUACUCCUUGCAUAAGACCUCAACAAGAGACCACAUUAAAAGGGCGGCUCUGCGGGACUUUAAUGCGAGCACCGCAGAGGUAUUAUGUGAGCUUAUAUACGAUGUUCCUCAGCUGUACAAGUUUCACAAGAAAAGAGAGGUCGAUAUUGCUGUGGAUCUCUGGCGCUUUGUUCCGAAAAGAGCACAAUAGCAGUAGCAGUAGAGAAUGAGAGGGCUAAUGCGAAAAUGAGAAGAGGUGUCUGUGAUUACUUCUUCUUGAAGGACCUUUAUCUUGGUGAGACAUUACUUACGAGAUUUAGCAGUGAGUAUUGGCCGCUUCUGCAUAGUUAUAUCAUGUUGUUAUGUGAAGUUAUUGUGGAGCCUGAACAAGGCCGGUGAAGUAUGAAUAUGUUUCUGAGAUUUACAUGGCAGAGGCUCAUUCUCAAGUUAAGUCUAUUCCUAAUGCAUGAUGUAACAUUCUUCCUUGCCGAAAUUUCAUGGACGAACAUACGUAGCAUUUGUUGA